AUGGCGCCCUGGCUGCCCACGCUCAGCGUGCUGGUGCCCCUGCUUGCCCUUGCCGGCCUCCUAUACUCGGCCAGCACUGACGAGAGCUUCCCGCGGGGCUGCACCAGCACGAGCAGCCUCUGCUUCUACAGCCUCCUCCUGCCCGUCACCAUCCCUGUCUACAUUUUCUUCCACCUCUGGACCUGGAUGGGCAUCAAGCUUUUCAGGCACAACUAG